AUGUACGCCAGCACCAACCCGGGCAGCGCGCACGCAGACUUCCAGGACAGAAACGGCGUCAGCUACGUGUCCUCCGCGGAGUCUUUCGGACACUGCUCGCAACUGUUCUGGAAGAAGGACCCCAGUGAUUCUGGACCGAGUUGGUGUGACCAGCCGCUGUCCCUGGAGACCGGGGCCCCUCCGCCGGCCCCCUCUGCUGCAGCCGCGUCUGCCCCGGCUCCCGCUCCGGACGACAGCGAGUCUGACGAGAGGCCGUACGUGUGCGACCUCUGCAACUGUGCCUACAAACACGCCAGCUCCCUGCUCAACCACAAGCUCACGCACCGCAUCGGAGACUUCAAGUGUGACUUCUGCAGUAAGCCGUACACCAACUACAUGUCUCUGAGGAACCACAUGCGGAUCCACGGACAGAAGCGCUACAUGUGUGACCUGUGUGGGAAGGCCUUCCGCUUGGCUCGCUACCUCCGCAACCACCAGAGGAUCCACGACGACGGGCCCAACCGCUUCGACUGCCCCUCCUGCUGCAAGAGCUACAGGACCAUGCUGGAGCUGGCCCAGCACCGCUGCAGCGCGGCCAACAGCGGCCAGAACAAGUUCAGCUGCCCGUCCUGCUUUAAGAGCUACAGAACCAUGCUGGACCUGGCACAGCACCGUUGCAGCGCCGCCGCCAAAAACCAGUCCUCCAGUCGCCGCUCCAACUACUCAGCCCAGCGCCGUCAGCAGCAGCAGCAGCAGCAGCACCAGCAGCAGCAGCAGCAGCACCAGCGGAACACCUCCAUGAUGCAGCACCCAGCCCACGGCCCCCAGGAGCCGCUGCCCUCUCACUGUGUGUCCCCCAUGCCCCAAGGAGCUCCACCCAACCAGACAGUGCCCGACCACCAGGUGUGUGCCAGCGUGGUGUCGUCUCAGAGGAGUUCGUCCAAAAUGGUGUCGUCUCCCAGCCCUGUGCCCUCCUCCUACUCUCUGCUCCAGCCCCUGGUGCCUGAGGCCAAGCACCAGGUCCAGGACACGUUCUCCCUGGCCCCCCAGCGGCCCCUCAGCACCCUCAGCCCCAUGAGCCACAGCCUUCACCCCAACGGAGCCGCCAGCCUCAAGCCGUCCCCGGUGGCCCGCUCCAUCCAGCCCAUGCCCUGGGAACAGCGCUCCCUCUACAACCAAUGA